AUGAAGACAGAACCUUCAACAGUUGCUGUCUCUGAUAUUACACCUGUCAAAUUCGAUGAACUUUAUUCGAAAUAUAAUAAAACUCUUUCAUGUCCAUGUUCAACAAUAAGCAUGCCUCACAAAAUUUUUGUUUCCAAUACAAUCAAACUUCAUCCUGUUUGUAAGAGUAUUUUUGUUAAUCAAUCAUGGAUUGAAGCAUUAUAUUUAUUAAAUGCAAGUCAAUAUGGAGUUUGGGAUUUUCGAACAACAGCUAGUUCUCAGGCGAAUACAGUUUUUCAUAUUGAAAAUGAUGUUGGAAACAAUGAUUUUAUUACCACUUAUCUUCUUACUGACACACAAGUUGAACUCGAAGUGAAUAGUACGAUGGAAUCUUCAAAAAACAGUGCAUCUGCUCGAAUAAUUAUGUUCUUGAACUAUUUAAGAACAACUGUACGAGGAAACGUUUUAGUAUCAGCUCUUAAUACAAAUCUAAUAAUUGGAACAUCCGACCGUGCUAAUAAUAUAGUUCGUGCAGUUGUAUUCUCUGUAAAGUAUUAUUUAACUAGUGGAGUAAUUAUGUCCUGUAAUCAGGAUAAUCCAACUAGUGCAGCUACUCUCAAUCUACUGUUAAAUGAUGCAAUGUCAGCCUUCAGCAUAGAGUUCUUUCAGUCUAUGCCAAAUUCUACAAUUGUCAGUGGAUUCUUUGCAGGAUGUACUCCUCUCGAAGCGCUUCUUCAAAGCACACUUGAUUGUUUAUAUGAAAUUGAGUGUCUGCAAUUAUUAUCCGAUUAUUUUCCAUUUCUCAAUCAUGUAUGUAUAACACUUUUUUAA